UUUAAAAACUUGGAAGCAGACGUCAAAAGUGAUUAAUGUAUUACGAUGCUGCGUAAAUGCAAACGUCUCCGAUCCUGAAUAGGAUUCUCUUCUCUCAUCGAGAUUUAUACAAAUUAAAAGAUCUUUGAUAAUUUAAAUGAACGUUGAAUUUUGUAUCUUUAAAUAUGUAUCUAGUUGGAUUGACAGGUGGCAUAGCUACUGGCAAGAGUACAGUUGCUGAUGUUUUUCGAGAACAUGGUAUUCCAGUUAUAGAUGCUGAUGCAAUUGCCCGGAAAGUUGUUGAACCAGGGAAGCCAGCAUGGCAUAAAAUACAAAAAGAAUUUGGGCCAGAUGUGUUUUUAGAUACAAAAUAUUUGGACAGAGCAAAACUUGGCGAUUUAAUCUUUAAUGAUAUUGAAAAGAGAAAACAACUUAAUGCCAUCACGCAUCCUGAAAUAUACAAACAUAUAUACUGGCAAACUAUUAAAUACUUUUUACAAGGUUAUUCAUUUGUAGUGUUGGAUUUGCCACUGCUUUUUGAGACAGGACAUAUGUUGAAUUAUUUACACAAAAUUAUUGUUGUAACAUGUGAAGAAGAUCUUCAGCUGCAACGAUUGAUAGAACGUACUGGAUUUACGGAAGCCAAAGCAAAACUAAGAAUAAAUGCACAAAUGUCAUUGGAGAAGAAAGCAGAAAUGGCAAAUUUUGUAAUUGAGAACUCAGGUAGCUUAAAAGAUACUAUGGAACAGACGAUAAAAGUGAUUAAUGUAUUACGAUGUUCCAAACAUCACUGGAAAUUGCGUUUUAUAGUUGGAUUUUGUUGUACCAUGCUGUUAGCUGGCGCAUACUGGUUACGAAACAGAAGUUUCAGACCUUCAUCUUUGAUUUAAAUUAUUUUCUAAUAGAUUUUUUUAUAAAUAAACGUUUGCUGUGCUUAAUUACGGUUGCAUACCACAGAUGAAUUGCAGUGAAUUUUUGCACGUAAGGGAUCAGGGAAAAGCAGGAAAUAGGGAGCGCAUGAGAAAAAGAAGAAAGUGCAUGUUAAUUAUAUUUACAUACCGAAAACAGAGUUAUUUGUGUUUUUAUAAAACGUUAAGUGCAAUGUGCUAAAGAUGCAAAAGGAACGAUAUGAUAUAAUUAGGUGUAAGAAAAGAUAUCAGCUGUAAAAUGAUUUUGAAUUUUUGAUAGGGAACCCCCGUCUAAUAUAAGAUAGAUAUUUCAUAUAAAAGUUUCUUCGAAAAUCAAUAAAUAUUGUU